AGACGGAUUGCGAGCCUCCCAAUGCGAGGACAGCGUCUUGAGUUUCACCCCGUCAUCGGCUCCACUCGUUGACCAUCUUGCUGUUCGAUACCUCUCGUUUCAUUCCUCAUUUCGCCUCCAGCCAAGCUCUUCGAACAGCAAAGGAUGUCAACUACCAUCGUCUCCCUUGCGGCCACGGCCGCUCUCCUGUUCGCGGGAGUCGAGGGCCACGGCCAAAUGACUUUCCCGACGAACAGGCAGAUGUCGGAGAAGUUUCACAAGGACUCGGGCGCUCUGAUCAACAUUGGCCUUAACGAGCUCCAGAUCGCCCCUAUCGAGGGCCUUUCGCAGCACAAACAGGUUGACUUCCCGCCAUCACCGACCUUCAACCUUUUGAACGGAUGCCGCGGAACUGUGUACGAGAAGGGCAGCAACGUCACCACUCUCCCGCCCGGAGAGGAUUUCGAUGUCAAGUGGACUAUUCAGGCGCCUCACCCGGGCUUUAUGAAGCUCAGCAUCCUCAAACCGAGCAAGGACUCGAAGGGCGUCAUCACUUACAAAAGUUACAAGACGCUGCUGAACAUUGAGCCGUUUGCUGAGAACGGUGGCGAUGGCAGCACCACUGCAAAGAUGCCUGCUGACGUUAAGGGUUGCGAGAAGCCCGGUAACUGCGUUCUGCAGUUCUACUGGCACUCCGACAUCGCGAAACAGACGUACCCGACGUGUGCAGACAUUAUCGUUCCGGGAAGCGGCGCUGGCACUUCGACUACGCCGUCUGCGCCGGCCGCAGAGACUCCUGAGGCUCCUACGCCUGCCACGCCUGCCCCCAAGCCUACGACUCCUAAGCCGACGACCGCUGCUCCUAAGGCCGCUACUCCUGCACCUGCUCCUGUCACGGAAGCCCCGGCGUCUGCUGCUACUAAGGGCAAGAGCCAGGAGGUUGCUGGCGAGGCUCAGAGCAGCAAGUGCUCCCGUCGCAUGCGACGCAAUUAGAGAGCUCUGUCUAUAAACUAUACAUGUUAAAAAUGUCGUUGGAAGUAGUAACUCUAGCCGUUCAAUGCGAAUAUAGAUCUUUCGUUCACCAAAA